AUGGCGCAGAUUAGAGGCCUCAACGCCCACGACCGUCCUCCAGAGGUCAUCCGGCAGCAAUACAAGAAGUACGUCAAGAUGCCGUUGUCGGAGGUCGAGCUCGAUCCUGGCAUAAUCGAUCCUCGAGCAUUGGAUCCCGAUUUUUUGCCCGAGGAGAUUUUCCUCGUGGGUAUGAUGUCCAGCAAGGACCUACGACUGGCGUUCGACCAAUUUAUCAAGGGAACGACCGCGGACGCAGCGCAUUCAGGGAAAGGCCGUCUGGUUGAGGAUCUGCCUAUCUUCUCACAUAAGGCAGUGACCGGCUUACGCAUAGUUCCGGCCCUACUUCCCCCGACGGUUCAGUUCGAGUUGUUAUCGCGUUUAUUCCAUCGCGAUUUGCCAAAUAAGGAACAUCAGACCAACAUACACUUGCACUACGAUGUCACCUACCCUGCUGAGACUAGCGCCUCCAUCUCUUUCUUCGAGGACGACCCUACUCGCAUUCUCCAUCCCAAGAACCCGGAGGUACACAAGCCAAUCACUGUCCAGAGUCUCCUGGAUAAGAAACUGCGCUGGAUGACAUUGGGUGGCCAGUACAACUGGACAAGUAAAGAAUAUCCCCUGGGCCCCCCGCCACCAUUCCCCCAGGAUAUCGCCAACCUGUUGCGUGUGGCCUUCCCGGAAACGGACGCACAGGCUGCCAUAGUCAAUGUCUAUGCCGCUGGUGACACUUUGAGCAUGCACCGUGACGUCAGCGAAGAAUGCGAUGCUGGUCUUAUUAGUAUUAGCUUCGGCUGUGAUGGGUUGUUCAUGAUCAGUCAUGACAACGGCGACGGCUGCGAAAUCAUCAGACUCCACUCAGGCGAUGCCGUGUACAUGGACGGCCACUCUCGAUUUGCGUGGCAUGGCGUACCAAAGAUUCUUCCGUCGACUUGUCCCAGCUGGCUGGUGGAUUGGCCAUGUUCCAACGAGACAGAUGAAGACCCGUACCGCGUCUGGAAGGGUUGGAUGUCAGGCAAACGGGUUAACUUGAACGUGCGACAAAUGGCCGGGCUUACUGAAUCAGUAGUCACGGGGCACUGA